AUUGCGCAGCGAUUUUGACAGCUGUAUAUCAUUGAAAUUCUACAGUAGAUGAUGUGAGAUACUCCCCAACAGUAUCGAUAAGCUAUCUCGGGACCUUACAUGCGCUUUUUUGUUGACUCUAAAAUCAGUCGAGUUGUCUUGCUAUCGAGAGUGACGGACAGUUUCUCAAAGCUCACCACAGCGAUCCACGAUGCGUCUCGCCAGCGGUCACGUCGCCGUCCAGCUCCACGACAAAGAGCUGACGAAGAUCCAGAAGGACUUCAAGGGUUUUGGCAAAGGCUUGGUUCGCCUGACGCCCGGAGGGUGGCUGUUUCCGGCGCCGUACACCAAGUUCGCAGACAAGGUCUAUAAUACGAAGUUCCGCGCGAGCGACGUCGUCAUAAUGACGUACCCGAAGUGCGGAACAACGUGGACGCAGGAGGUCGUGUGGACCAUGAGGAACAACCCGAACCUCGACCACCCGAAGGCCGGCAUUCCCGUCAAAGCUCGUUCGCCCUUCGUCGAUUCGGACAUGCUAAUGCACAUGGGCAACGACGUGUUAAAUAGAGAACUGGAGAUGGCCAAGGACCUUGUGCCACAUCCCGAUCCUGACGAAGGCCUGGCGCUGCAGUUGACCGCCAACACCCCUGACCCUCGGACUAUCAAGACGCACCUGCCCUUCUCCCU